AUGUUUGGGCGUCAGCGCAACCUCUAUUCAACCUAUAAACGUGUGUCGUCCAAAGAGUAUCCCGAUGACAUUGCCAGAGAAGAUGGACUUGGUCAAUUCCACACUGAUUCAUUGAAAGAAAUUGGAAACGCAUCAUGGAAACGUCCCCUGCCUCAUGUACUGGUUGCAACUAUCUCUUCAUUCUUAUUUGGUUAUCACCUAGGGGUUGUUAAUGACACAUUGGAAAGCAUUUCUAUGGACCUAGGCUUUGCUGGAGACACGCUAGCUGAAGGAUUGGUGGUGAGUACAUGUCUAGGAGGUGCUUUCCUUGGUUCGAUAUUCAGUGGCUGGACAGCAGAUGGUGUUGGUCGCAGAAAGGCUUUUCAGUUGUGUGCUUUACCUAUGAUGAUUGGCGCUUCCAUGAGUGCAACUACGACUAGUCUUGGGGGCAUGCUACUUGGGAGGUUGUUCGUUGGAAUUGGAAUGGGUCUUGGUCCGCCUGUGGCAGCUCUUUAUGUGGCAGAGGUGUCUCCAUCUUUUGUUCGAGGGACUUAUGGAAGCUUUACUCAGAUUGCAACAUGUCUUGGACUUAUUGCGUCAUUUUUAAUUGGUGCUCCAGCCAAAGAUGUCACGGAUUGGUGGCGAAUGUGCUUUUGGGUUUCAGUUGUUCCUGCUGCCUUUCUUGCAAUCUUAAUUCAACUUUGUGCUGAAAGUCCUCAUUGGCUACUUAAGAGAGGAAGAGUUGCAGAAACUGAGGAAGAACUUCAGAGGCUUUUUGGACCAUUACAUGUCAAAAGUUCAAUGGCAGAGCUGACAAAGUCAGAGAGGGGGGAGGAAGCUGAUGUUCUCAACUUUUCAGACCUGUUCUACGGUCGUCAUGUUAGAGUGGUUUUAAUCGGUUCCAUCCUCUAUGCAUUACAACAACUAUCUGGUAUAAAUGCUGUAUUCUACUUCUCCUCAACCGUGUUUAGAAGUGCUGGCGUACCUUCAGAUGUAGCGAACAUAUGCGUAGGAAUUGUAAACUUAUCAGGUUCAAUUGUUGCAAUGGUUUUGAUGGAUAAGUUAGGGAGGAAGAUGCUUUUAGUUUGGAGUUUCUCAGGCAUGGCAACCUACGCAUCGGCCAUGGGGCUUCAAGUGAUUGGGGCAAGUCCACUUUUGUCUGGAUCUAAAGUUCCCUAUCUAUCUGUUGUUGGCAUGCUUCUGUGA